AUGAGUGGAAGACGCCGUAGAACUCUUCAAAGAAGCGACACAACUAUUGAUGGUAAUUUGGGUGAUGUUGUAGGUAAUUAUUCUCGUUCUUAUGAGCACGAUAAUCCAAAAAUGAAUUUUAAUGAUAAGUUUAUUUUUUGCAAAAGAUCAUUAGCAGGUGCUGCGAAACUGUUUAUAGAUUGUGAAGCUAAGCCAUUACGCUACAAUGAAUUAAAAGAUGCUUUGAUAAAAGAAUUUCAAUCAACAAUUACUAGUGCAGAAGUACAUGCUAAAUUACGUGAAAGAAAAAAGAAAAAUGAAGAAUCUUUUCGUGAAUAUUUAUAUUGUAUGGUUGAUAUAGCCUCGCAAACUAACAUAGACGAAUCUUCCGUGGUGAGUUAUAUAAUAGAUGGAAUCAAAGAUUUAUCAGGUAAUAAAAUGAUUUUAUUUGGUGCUAAUACUAUAAGUGAAUUGAAAGAAAAAUUAUUAGUAUAUGAAAAAAUCUCUAAAAGCGAAAUCUCUAGACAUAUUGCUGAUAAAAAACCUAAUAUGAAAUCUAAAAAUGAUAAUAAUAGCUACAAAAAAGUUGCACGCUAUUGCUUUAAUUGUGGUUCUAAUGACCAUGAAUUUCACAAUUGUCCACACAAAGAUAAAGGACCUAAGUGCUUUGGUUGCAAUAAGUACGGUCAUAAAAAAGUAGAUUGCAAAGAACCUAUUAAUAAAAAUUACGACACAAAUAAGAAUUCUUUCUCAGCAAAAACUUCUACGAAUAUGACGAAAACGAUGAAAAGCAAUAUGUGUAUCCAGGCUAAAAUUAAUAAUAUAGAUUUCGAAUGUUUAAUUGAUACCGGAAGCGACAUAUGUGUUUUGAAACAAUGUUAUUUUAAAUUAAUUAAUGUUAAUUCUAAUUUUAGGAACUCACCUAUUAUUAUAAAUGGUUUGGGCACAAAUAUUAGUACAAAAGGUUCAUGUUACGUUACUAUUGAUGUUAAUGGCGAUAUUUACGAUAAUAUUGAAAUACAUUCAGUUGACGAUAAUUAUUUACAAACAGAUAUGAUUAUCGGCAUGAAUUUAUUAAAUAAAAAUGUUCCUGUACAACAAAAUUGCAAUAAUAAACUUAAUGACGAAAAUUUAUCUUGUUUUUUAGCAAAAAUUAACAUUGAUUCUGAAACUAAAGAAUAUGAUGAUUUACGUGGAUUAAAUAAUUUACAAAAAGACGAAACCAACAAGGACUCACCGAUACGUAUGAAAAUCGUCACUACCGAUGAAGAACCUGUUUAUAGACCACCUCGUAGAUUUCCACCACACGAAAUGAAAAUUAUCGAACAACAAAUUAAGCAAUGGACUAAUGAAAAAAUUAUUCGUGAAAGCUCGUCCGAUUAUGCCAGUCAAAUAGUCCUCGUCAAAAAAAAGGAUAAUUCAUAUCGGCUAUGUGUAGAUUACCGUGGAAUAAAUAAAAAAAUAAUAAAGGAUCGAUACCCACUUCCUAAUAUAGAGGAACAGAUAGACAAGCUUCAACCAUAUAAAUAUUUCACAUCGUUAGAUUUAGAAAAUGGCUUCUUUCAUGUCACUAUCGAAGAAAAUAGUAGAAAAUAUACAUCCUUCGUAGCACAUUGUGGGCAAUUUGAAUUCAUGAAAGAUGGUAUAAUCGUGGUGUACAUAGAUGAUAUUAUAAUACCAUCACAAACCGUAGAAGAAGGUAUAAAUCGACUAGAAUUGGUAUUAACAGUAUGUGCAGAAAAUGGACUCAAAAUAAAGUGGAAAAAAUGCCAGUUUUUACAAAGCGAUAUUGAAUAUUUAGGACAUCGCAUUCAUAAUGGUUCAAUUUCACCAUCAACUUUAAAGACUAAAGCUGUCAUGAAUUUUGCAAUCCCGACAACCAUUAAACAGAUGCAAAGUUUUCUCGGUCUUGCAAAUUAUUUUAGAAAAUUUAUACCAAAUUUUGCUGUUAGAGCUAGACCACUAAGUGAAUUAUUAAAACAAAAUAUCCAUUUUAGAAUCGGUGACGUGGAAGUAGCAGCUUUUAAUGAUAUAAAACAAGCUUUGGCUAACAAACCAGUUCUUAAAAUAUUUAAAUAUGGUGCAUAUACUGAGUUGCAUACAGAUGCAUCUCAAGAAGGUUAUGGUGCAGUAUUAUUUCAAAAAGACGUUGAAGAUGGUUCGUUGCAUCCUGUAUAUUAUUCAAGCAAAAAAACUACAGAUGCAGAAAGAAAAUAUAGCUCAUACGAGUUAGAAAUUCUAGCAAUUGUCGAAGCUUUAAAGAAAUUUAGAAUCUACUUAUUAGGUCAAAAAUUUAAAUUAGUUACCGAUUGCAAAGCAUUCGAAUGUACUAUGAAAAAAAAAGAUUUAGCGACUAGGGUUGCCAGAUGGGCCCUUUUAUUAGAAGAGUUUGAUUAUGUCAUAGAGCACAGAGCAGGCGCGAAAAUGAAGCAUGUAGAUGCACUGAGUAGAAAUCCAGUUGUUAUGUGCAUCUAUCAAGAAACGGGUUUUCUAAAAAAAUUAGCUGAGGCUCAGCUGCCAGAUGCGAUGAAAACACAAAUAAUAAAAGAAGUACAUGAGAGGGGUCAUUUCCAUCAUAAAAAAAUGAAGGACAUAAUCGAAAAGGAUUUUUAUAUUUCAGAUCUUAACCAAAGAAUUACAAAAUUUAUUACGAACUGUGUCAGGUACAAAGGUGGAGCUUUUACGUCAAAUCUUUUUCAGGAUUAUUGUAAGGAACGUAGCAUUACCUUACAUUUUAUCACAGUUGGUACACCACGUGGAAAUGGUCAAAUAGAACGAGCUCACUCAAUUGUUAUAGCUACACUUACAAAACUUGCUUUAGAUAAUGCUGAAAAAUGGUAUAAUUAUGUAAAGCCAGUUCAACAGAUGAUUAAUUCAACUUAUCAACGUGCUAUAAAAACUACCCCGUUUCAACUGCUUACAGGCUGUAAGAUGAAGGUUCAAAAUGAAUUUAAAAUUAUGGAAAUAAUAGAACAAGAAUCAAUUAAAUUAUUUGAAGAUAAACGUCAUGAACAACGUGAACAAGCUAAAAAGGAUAUUCAAAAUAUUCAUGCGGACAUUCAGAAGCCAACCUCUUGGAAUAUACUGUAUGCUGAUGACAUUGCAUUGAUAGAAGAAUCAAAGGAUGAGUUGGAAAAAAGUUUAAAUCAGUGGAAUGGAAGACUAAAAAGUAACGGCUUGCGUAUAAAUCUCUCAAAAACGGAGUAUAUGAACUUACCUUUCCAUGAUAAUGAUGCUUAUGGACCUCAGAAUACGGUCUAUGUUGAAAGGUAA